AUGUCUGGUUAUAGCACGGAUAACGCAAUAGGACAUCCUGUUGCUCCUGGAGAAGAUCCAAAUCGGCAGCAGCAGCAACCAGGACACCCUACAUCCGUCAACCCAUACGCAGCUUAUCAACAUCCCGCAGCGCCAUAUGGACCACUGCAGCCUCAGCAGUUUGCUGGACAACCUGGUACCGGAUAUCUUGCAGGAUCAGUGCCACCUGCACCGGGGGCGCCGGAGGGAAAUACGAUGGCGGGUUUGGCUUCUCAAAUGGGGGGACUGGGAAUAGCUUCAGACGCGGGAGCUCGCGGUCACAAGAAAAAGCAUCGGCACGCUUACCACGACAUUGGAGGCCCAGCCGGGGGCGUCCCAUCGCCUCAAGGACUCGGUGCCUUUCCUCCACAGAAUGAGGCUGCGACGUCUCAGUUUCUAAAUACUGGGCUAAACCAACCAGUCACACAACAAGGAGCACAGCCUGCUCUGGGCCAACCUGCUAACCCUGCAAUGGGUAUCCCAACCCAGCCAGGGUACCAGUCCACUGAGGCAGGUUCAGUACCUACACAAGGAAAGAUAGAUCCGGAGCAGAUCCCAAGCGUGCCGAGGUCGCGAGAUAUGUCGGCUCAAUACUAUCAUAGUCAUGUCUAUCCGACUAUGGAACAACACGUACCGCCACCUGCUUCGAUUCCAUUCAUCACCCAUGACCAAGGCAACUCGUCUCCCAAAUUCGCUCGCCUUACACUGAACAAUAUUCCAGCAACAUCAGAGUUCUUUAAUUCAACUGGUCUACCAAUGGGGCUGAUAUUGCAGCCAUUAGCCCGCUUAGACGCUGGAGAACAACCCGUUCCGCUCAUAGAUUUUGGUGAGUUAGGUCCACCAAGAUGUCGAAGGUGCAGGACAUACAUCAAUCCGUUCAUGACCUUCCGAUCUGGAGGCAACAAAUUCAUUUGUAACAUGUGCACAUUUCCAAACGAUGUCACACUAGAGUACUUUGCACCUGUUGAUCCGUCAGGAAUACGUGUCGACCGUGCGCAGCGACCAGAAUUGAUGAUGGGAACGGUUGAAUUCACGGUGCCAAAGGAGUAUUGGGUUAAAGAACCAGUUGGACUGCAACAAUUGUUCUUGAUAGAUGUGAGCCAGGAGUCGGUAAAUAAGGGUUUCCUCGAGGGGGUUUGUCAGGGCAUCAUUAAUGCGCUUUACGGCGAGGAUGCUGAUACGACAGAAGACAACGAUGGCGAGCCUAGGAAUCUUCCGGAAGGGUCGAAGAUUGGUAUCGUUACUUUCGACAGAGAAAUCCACUUCUAUAAUCUUAGCGCGCGUCUCGAAAAGGCUCAGAUGAUGGUAAUGACAGAUUUGGAAGAGCCAUUUGUCCCAUUGAGUGAAGGUCUUUUCGUGGACCCGUACGAGUCAAAAGCCGUCAUCACCUCCUUACUCGAACAAUUGCCAACAUUGUUUUCUCAUAUUAAAUAUCCCGAGCCUGCCCUACUACCUACAAUCAAAGCAGCCUUAGCGGCACUACAAGCAACAGGAGGAAAGAUUAUCUGCUCUCUUAGUAGACUUCCUACCUAUGGCCCUGGAAAACUGGCUGUACGCGACAAGAACCAAUUCCCAGAUGGAGAAACUAGGUUGUUUGCAAUUGACAAUGCGGAAUGGAAGAGCAUUGCUACUAAACUAGCUGAAAGCGGCGUCGGUAUCGACUUUUUUGCUGCGUCACCAGGCGGCGCGUUCAUGGAUCUGACAACAAUUGGUUAUGCUGCAGCCAUCUCAGGCGGAGAAACCUUCUUCUAUCCGAACUUCCACGCCCCUCGAGACUUGUUAAAGCUUUCUCAAGAGAUAGCUCACACGGUCACUCGAGAGACAGGAUACCAGGCUUUGAUGAAAGUCCGCUGCUCAAAUGGGCUUCAAGUUUCGUCAUAUCACGGCAACUUCCUACAACAUACAUUUGGAGCUGAUCUUGAAAUUGGAACAGUUGACGCUGACAAGGCUUUGGGGGUUCUUUUCAGCUACGAUGGGAAGCUCGAUCCUAAGCUUGAUGCUCAUUUCCAGGCUGCCUUGCUGUACACAUCAGCAAGCGGCCAGCGACGAGUGAGAUGUAUCAAUAUUGUGGCUGCAGUGAAUGAGGGUGGGCUUGAGACGAUGAAAUGCAUCGAUCAGGAUGCGGUUGUUUCUAUCAUUGCAAAAGAAGCCGCGUCAAAGGCAGGAGACAAACCAUUAAAGGAUAUCCGUGCCAGUAUCACGGAAAAGACCGUCGACAUCUUUUCUGGGUAUCGCAAAAACUUCUCAGGCUCACACCCCCCCGGCCAGCUUGUGCUGCCCGAGAAUCUUAAGGAGUUCUCAAUGUACAUGCUUGGCAUGAUCAAGUCGAGGGCCUUCAAAGGAGGGAGCGAAACUGCAGACCGACGUGUGCAUGAUUUGCGCAUGCUGAGAUCCAUUGGCUGCCUCGAGACGUCAUUAUACCUGUAUCCACGUAUUCUCCCGAUUCAUAAUAUGAGGCCGGAGGAUGGGUUUGCCAAUGAACAAGGACGACUCCAGGUGCCUCCCGCGCUACGGGCUACGUUUUCUCGUAUCGAAGAAGGCGGGGUCUACUUGGUUGACAAUGGGCAAGUGGUCCUACUCUGGUUGCAUGCCCAAGUGUCGCCCAAUCUGUUGGAAGACCUCUUUGGACCGGGGUUCUCAUCACUACAAUCUUUGGAUGCUAACACGUCAUCGCUGCCCGUGCUGGAGACACAUCUCAAUGCGCAGGUUCGGAACCUUUUGCAGUACCUGUCCACGGUGAGAGGUUCGAAGGCGGUUACGAUCCAGUUGGCACGGCAAGGACUGGACGGGGCCGAAUUCGAGUUUGCGCGAUCAUUGGUGGAGGACCGCAACAACGAGGCACAAAGCUACGUGGAUUGGCUGGUACAUAUUCACCGCCAGAUCAAUCUUGAACUGGCAGGGCAUCGGAAGAAAGAGGAGGGAACGGGCUCGGGCGAGGGUGCUCUCUCCAGUCUUACCGGGAUCCGAGCGCCGUACUGGUAG